AUGGAGGGUCUGAUCCCAAUGGUUUACAAGGCAAUGAAGAGGAACAGAACUCGCCGCCAAUACAGCUGCCUCUCCUCCUCCUCCUCAUUAGCAGCAGCACCACCACCAGUAUCAGGUCAAACUAGUAAUUACAACAUCGCUGACUUCUACAUCGAUCACAACAGUUACGUCUAUGUUCCCCAACCUGCACCUUCAGCUGAUCAUCAUCUUCCAACGAUAUUUAAUGUUAAUGGCGCGUCUUCCCCGCGGGACCAGUCGUCCUUAUCCACAACUACAAACAUUAUUAAUCAUGGCGGUCGUCAGUUUCAGCACCGCCGUCACAAAUCUGUUUCUCUCGGUUCUGCUUCCAACUCUAUGCAAGGAUUCUCUUCAUCGGUGGACGCUGAUGACUCCAUUAAUUCUCCUCCUCCAAAGCAACUUGUCCAGUUUCGGAGCCACCGAAGUUUCUUCUCAUGCAUCUCUGGUGCCUAG